GGGUCUAGACGCUGUGAAGCAGGAGGCACUUGGGAUCGUCCGCAGGAUUGGGACUGCUACAGAGGCCGCCACGGAGCCCGCCGGAGCCACCGUUCCUACUGCUGCUGCUGCCGCUGCCCGAGUCGGAACUGUCGGGCCGCAGCCGCCGGCAAUGCCGCGAAGGAAGAGGAAUGCAGGCAGUAGUUCAGAUGGAACCGAAGAUUCCGAUUUUUCUACAGAUCUCGAGCACACAGACAGUUCAGAGAGUGAUGGCACAUCCCGGCGAUCUGCCCGAGUUACUCGCUCUUCAGCCCGGCUGAGCCAGAGUUCCCAAGAUUCCAGUCCUGUUCGAAAUUUGCAAUCUUUUGGCACUGAGGAGCCUGCUUAUUCUACCAGAAGAGUGACCCGUAGUCAGCAGCAGCCUACCCCGGUGACUCCGAAAAAAUACCCUCUUCGGCAGACUCGUUCGUCUGGCUCAGAAACUGAGCAAGUGGUUGACUUUUCAGAUAGAGAAACUAAAAAUACAGCUGAUCAUGAUGAGUCUCCACCUCGAACUCCAACUGGAAAUGCCCCUUCUUCUGAGUCUGAUAUAGACAUCUCUAGCCCCAACGUGUCUCAUGAUGAGAGCAUUGCCAAGGACAUGUCCCUGAAGGACUCAGGCAGCGAUCUCUCUCAUCGCCCCAAGCGCCGUCGCUUCCACGAAAGCUACAAUUUCAAUAUGAAGUGUCCUACUCCAGGCUGUAACUCUCUAGGACAUCUUACAGGAAAACACGAGAGACAUUUCUCCAUCUCAGGAUGCCCGCUCUAUCAUAACCUCUCAGCAGAUGAAUGCAAGGUGAGAGCACAGAGCCGGGAUAAGCAGAUAGAAGAGAGAACGCUGUCUCACAGGCAAGAUGACAACAGGCACGCAACCAGGCACCAGGCACCAACAGAGAGGCAGCUGCGAUAUAAGGAAAAGGUGGCUGAACUCAGGAAGAAAAGGAAUUCUGGGCUGAGCAAAGAGCAGAAAGAGAAAUACAUGGAACACAGACAGACCUAUGGGAACACUCGGGAACCUCUCUUGGAAAACCUGACUAGCGAGUAUGACUUGGAUCUUUUCCGAAGAGCACAAGCCCGGGCUUCAGAGGAUUUGGAGAAGCUAAGGCUGCAAGGCCAAAUCACAGAGGGGAGCAACAUGAUUAAAACAAUUGCUUUUGGUCGUUAUGAGCUCGAUACGUGGUACCACUCUCCCUAUCCCGAAGAAUACGCGCGCCUGGGACGGCUCUACAUGUGCGAAUUCUGUUUGAAGUACAUGAAGAGCCAAACGAUACUCCGCCGACACAUGGCUAAAUGUGUGUGGAAACACCCACCUGGCGAUGAGAUCUAUCGGAAAGGCUCCAUCUCCGUGUUUGAAGUGGACGGCAAGAAAAACAAGAUCUACUGCCAAAACCUGUGCCUGUUGGCCAAGCUUUUUCUGGACCACAAGACGUUAUAUUAUGAUGUGGAACCCUUCCUGUUUUAUGUUAUGACAGAAGCGGACAACACCGGCUGUCACCUGAUUGGAUAUUUUUCCAAGGAAAAGAAUUCAUUCCUCAACUACAACGUGUCGUGUAUCCUCACCAUGCCUCAGUACAUGAGACAGGGCUAUGGCAAGAUGCUCAUCGAUUUCAGUUACUUGCUUUCCAAAGUGGAAGAAAAAGUCGGCUCCCCGGAACGUCCCCUCUCCGACCUGGGGCUCAUAAGCUAUCGCAGUUACUGGAAAGAAGUGCUUCUCCGUUACCUGCAUAAUUUCCAAGGCAAAGAGAUUUCUAUCAAAGAAAUUAGCCAGGAGACAGCUGUGAAUCCUGUGGACAUUGUCAGCACUCUGCAAGCCCUUCAGAUGCUCAAGUACUGGAAAGGAAAACACCUAGUUUUAAAGAGACAGGACCUGAUUGACGAGUGGAUAGCCAAAGAGGCCAAAAGAUCCAACUCCAAUAAAACCAUGGAUCCAAGCUGCUUAAAAUGGACCCCUCCCAAGGGCACUUAAAGUGACCUGUUACUCUGAGCCAGCGAACCCCAGCAGUAGGAAUCCGUACCCUAGGGAUCUGUCUGUCAUUUCUGUUGCUCUUGUGAUUGGCAAGUACAGUAUCCUUUGGGAAGGCCAUCCCCCUCAGGACUGUCCUGGCUCCGACCCUCGUGUUCACUGCAGACGCUGGUUCUGAGGAACUGCUGUUUCGGCCUCAGUGAGGUUGCCUGGAUGGGAUCUCUGUUAGACUUGAGAGCAGAUCCCUCGUAGCACUGACCCAAGGUGUUCUGUUUGGUACUGUACCUGUCCAGUCACUGGUUCUCCUCAUGUCCUCUAGCCCCACGAGGUUGUGUUGUGUCUUCUAAACUUUGUACUAGUGCUUCUUGCUGCCGGGUCACCAGACUUCCAGACCAUGGUUUGCCACCACCAGGACCUUUCCAGUUCCUCCUUACAUGUGGUUUUUUGGGGGGUGGGGGGAGAGCAGGGAAGAGGUAACAUUUCUGACUCUGUGUACUGGGAGGGGUCCAUUCCCUUCGGAGUUUAGCUCACUUUAAAUUUUUUUUCCACCAUUUUUAUUGAAAGAGGCCGGGUUUUGAUCAGUGUCAAGCUUACAAGAGACCAGUAUUUUUUUUAGCCUCUCCCAGGGACUCGUCUUGGCAACUGCACAUAAUUUAUCCGAAUGAAAUGGAGAGGAGAAUUGACAGGUGGUGAUUCUGUACUUUGAUUUGAGUUUACCGGUGGGCUGCGUGUUGGUGGAAGGGAACGAGUCCUUUUUUGCCUCACCAGAAAGUGCCCAGCCCUAAGUGUUUUCCUCUCUUGUGAUCCCCUGCCCCUUUUGUCAUUUGCAGGGGCCAAACAGUGUCCGGUUCUCCCUCUCAUGCUGCAUGCUAACCGGUUCAUUAGACUGCAGAAACUCCCCCUCCCCGCACCACCCCCAAUACCUGUCGCUUGGAUCUGGCACACCUGUAUUUCUGCCUCAGUUGCAUUGAUUUUUGCCCGAACCUCCUCAGAGAAGUAGGAAAUGAUUGCACCUGACUUCCGGCUCUCCUCUCAGCCCUUGACUCUGCAAGGCAGAGUGCCACGGCCACCCCCCACCCCCACCCAGCAUUUGCUUCUCCCACCACGCCUCAUCCUCCCUUGAACCGAAGUGCUCCUGCCCUUCCAAGAACUCCUCCAUUUCCUUUUUGGGAUUUGACACCGUUCCCCACCCGGGUCUCUGCUCUCCUAUUUUUGGUCUCAAGCAAAGGAAGAGCCGCUCCCUCUAAUUUCUCCAGCUCAUUAUAACCCGCUAUCUUGAGGCAGCUCUGGAUGUAGGACAUGUGCUCCUCUUCCCGACUUGGUCUUCUCCAACACUGCUGUCCGAGUGUGGAGCCCUCCCCACGGUCCCGACUCUGGUCAUUUGUGCCUUUCUCUUGUCCUCUCUGUACACUACUUAUACUCACUGUGGGUUGUGGGGAGCUCCUUUUAAGCAUGUUCGGUGGCAGCUCCCCGCCAGUUUCAGUGUCACUGUUAACGUUUAUCCAAAAGCAACUUCACUGCGGGUUUUCUUAAGGGGUAAAGGUCUUUGACCGAAGCUAACCCUUCCCCACAUGUGGUAGAAUGUGCUGUUCUCUAUCUACUCCUCAAUAAAGCAUGUUCUCUGCUCAAGCCUGUUGCACUCGGGAGCUCUUCCUUAAGUCUGGAAAUGGGGCAGCCGACGUGCUGCUGAUGGCAAGCAUGCUUGGCAUUUAUCUUCCCCAGCAGUGAGCUGGCUGUUGACGGAUGUGGUUUGUGGCUGUGGAAUUUUGCUCUGAUGCAGGCUAUAGAGAGAGCAAUACUCUUAACUUGUCUAGUUGGUGGGAUGAAUUCUCUCUGCCUUGCUUGGUUGCAGCUAAGAGGUACACAUAGCAUUGACAAAACCAUAUUCCUUUUUUUUUUUAUCUUUAUGCCCAACGUGGGACUUGAACUCACAACCCCAAGAUCGAGUCUCAUGUGCCUCCGACUGAGCCAGCCUCACACCUCUGUGUUUGUUACUCAAUCUUGAGCUCAUUUUCAUGUGAUUUCAAGGGCAUAGGCACAGCAGGAAGUUAGGAUAGACGGAGCACAGCGGAUACUUGGGAUGGGGUGCAGGCUGUUUUAUCCCUGUCUCCGAGUUCAUUUGCCAUUAGGUGAGCGUUGUCACCUCCAGUCAUGGAUUCUUUGCUUGAGAGGAUUUCUGAAAGACCCCUUGUCUUGUGGCACUUACCCAGGGCAGGCAGUCGGGGCCAGCACUUAUCUGGACGCUGGAAGUUGGAUUUGCCGGGGUGGUUUUUGCUCACCAUGGAAGGGUUGAGAACCCAUCCCAGUGAAUAAAGUUUCUCUUUUGUAA